AUGUCUAGCGACAAUGGUUUUAACAACGAUGAUUCUCCAAACAAAUCCCACACACAUUUGCAAUUGCCCAGCCCUAUUAUAACUCGAAGAAACCGAACAGCUUCGACAUCAGAAAAGGCACUUCAGAACCCCAUAGAAUACGGCAAGAUAAAAUCAUUUUGCCGUGAGAGAGGCCAUGGAUUUGUAACUCCACUAAAAGGCGGAGAAGAUCUUUUCCUACAUAUUUCUGACAUUGAAGGGGAGUAUGUGCCGUUGCCUGGUGAUGAAGUUACAUAUCGCCUGUGUCCAAUACCACCAAAAUUUGAAAAAUGCCAAGCUGUACAUGUCCAGAUUGUCCAAUUAGUCAGAGAAAGGCAUUUAAAGUGGAAUGAGCCACCUCUGCCUAAACACAUGUUCUACAUGCAUCUGACAUGUGAUAAACGAUUGAAACAUGUGUAA